UUGCUAGGAGGAUCAUCAACAAUAAAUACCUCACUCUAGCUCACAAAUACCCUGCAUCUACCUCCGAAAAUGAAGAAAGCAGCGAUUUUGAAGUCUCUCCAAACCAUUAUGGUUGUCUUCCUGCUGAUAGUACUCUUUAGCAGCAACACCAAAGCAGAAAAAGAAACAAUCCACGACCAUGCAAACAAAAAGACCUACAUAAUCCACAUGGACGAGACCACCAUGCCCUUAACCUUCACCGACCACCUCAGCUGGUUCGACGCCUCCCUCAAAUCAGCGUCCCCCUCCGCGGAGAUUCUCUACACUUACAAACACGUGGCCCAUGGCUUCUCCGCCAGACUCACUCCCAAGGACGUAGACACACUUGCAAAACAACCCGGCAUCCUCUCCGUCAUCCCCGAACUCAAAUACAAACUCCACACCACAAGAACUCCCAACUUCCUUGGACUUGACAAAGCCACCACCUUGUUACCCGCCUCGGAGCAACAGAGCCAGGUGGUCAUUGGACUCCUCGACACCGGCGUCUGGCCCGAGCUCAAAAGCCUCGACGACACGGGCCUCGGCCCGGUCCCUUCCACCUGGAAAGGCCAGUGCGAAAUUGGAAACAACAUGAACUCUUCCAACUGUAACAGAAAACUUGUCGGAGCGAGGUUUUUCUCCAAAGGCUACGAAGCCGCACUUGGACCCAUUGACACAACUACAGAGUCAAAGUCAGCGCGUGACGAUGACGGGCAUGGGAGUCAUACUUUAACCACCGCGGCAGGCUCGGUUGUACCCGAAGCUAGCCUCUUCGGCUUGGCGUCGGGUACGGCGCGUGGAAUGGCCACGCAAGCGCGUGUGGCGGUUUACAAAGUGUGCUGGCUCGGCGGGUGUUUUACUUCCGACAUAGCCGCGGGAAUCGACAAGGCCAUAGAAGACGGCGUGAAUGUUCUGUCCAUGUCCAUUGGGGGAAGCUUGAUGGAGUAUUACAGGGAUAUAAUAGCGAUUGGAUCCUUCACUGCCAUGUCACACGGGAUUCUGGUGUCCACGUCAGCGGGGAACGGUGGGCCCAGUCAGGGAAGUUUGUCCAACGUGGCACCGUGGAUAACAACUGUGGGAGCGGGAACUAUCGACCGCGAUUUCCCUGCUUACAUAACCCUCGGAACAGGGAAAACAUACACCGGAGCUUCUCUUUAUAGCGGUAAACCCUUGUCGGAUUCGCCGCUUCCUCUUGUUUACGCUGGGAACGCGAGUAACUCUUCUGUAGGGUAUCUAUGUUUGCAAGAUUCUCUGAUUCCUGAGAAAGUUUCAGGGAAAAUUGUUAUAUGUGAGAGAGGUGGGAAUCCGAGAGUGGAAAAGGGUUUGGUGGUUAAGCUUGCUGGAGGUGCUGGAAUGAUAUUGGCGAAUAGUGAAGCCUACGGAGAAGAGUUAGUUGCUGACUCUCAUCUUCUUCCUGCUGCGUCUUUGGGACAAAAAUCAAGCGAGAUUUUGAAGAACUAUGUUUCAUCUUCACCUAAUCCAACAGCUAAGAUUGCUUUCUUAGGGACCCAUUUGCAGGUUCAACCUUCUCCUGUUGUAGCGGCUUUUAGCUCCAGAGGACCAAAUGCACUCACCCCAAAGAUUCUCAAACCGGAUCUAAUAGCACCAGGAGUCAACAUUUUAGCCGGUUGGACCGGUGCGGUUGGACCAACUGGGUUGACUGUUGACACCCGCCAUGUCAGCUUCAACAUAAUUUCUGGAACAUCCAUGUCAUGCCCUCAUGUAAGUGGCUUAGCCGCAAUUCUCAAAGGAGCACACCCUCAGUGGAGCCCUGCCGCCAUCAGGUCCGCACUCAUGACAACAGCGUACACGAGUUAUAAAAACGGUGAAACGAUUCAAGAUAUUUCAACAGGACAACCUGGGACGCCGUUUGAUUACGGUGCCGGACACGUCGAUCCCGUGGCCGCUCUUGAUCCUGGUCUCGUCUACGAUGCCAACGUGGACGAUUACUUAGGGUUUUUCUGCGCACUAAACUACUCGUCAUUUCAAAUCAAGCUUGCUGCGAGGAGGGACUAUACGUGUGACCCGAAGAAGGAUUACAGAGUGGAGGAUUUUAAUUAUCCUUCUUUUGCGGUUCCUAUGGAUACAGCUUCGGGGAUUGGGGGAGGUUCCGAUACUCUGAAGACCGUGAAGUACUCUAGGGUUUUGACUAACGUGGGAGCUCCGGGAACGUACAAAGCUUCGGUGAUGUCGUUGGGGGAUUCGAAUGUGAAGACUGUGGUGGAACCGAAUACGUUGAGUUUCACGGAAUUGUACGAGAAGAAGGACUAUACGGUGUCGUUUACAUACACUUCGAUGCCGUCUGGGACGACCAGCUUCGCACGUUUGGAAUGGACGGAUGGGAAGCAUAAGGUUGGUAGUCCAAUUGCGUUCAGCUGGACAUGAUGGGCUGUGGAAAAUGUAUGACCCAAAUAAAAGGGCCCACUCAAGUGUUGUAGGCUCUUCGUGGUUUGCUUUUGGGCCCGGCCCGAUACGGCUUGUUUUUAUUAUGUAUCUCACUUAUUCACUUUGCUGUUUUUAUUCCGUAGGCUGAAGUUCAGGAGAAAACUUUAUAUAUGGAAUAAUAACAAUAAUUGUACAUAGAAAAAGAUAAUGGUCGCAUCUGUAUGUAUGUAUCAUAAUGGCUUUGAAUCUGAAUUAUCCAUAUCUUCCCAGCUUUGCAUCUUUUA